AUGCUCCUCCGCCUGCUCCUGCUGCUUGCGCCGUGCGGGGCGGGCUUCGCUACCGGGGUGGUCAGCAUCAGCUUGCGGGGAAACUGGAAGAUCCACAGCGGGAACGGUUCGCUGCAGCUGCCCGCGGCGGUUCCCGGUUGUGUGCACAGCGCCUUGUUCCACCAGAGGAUCAUCAAGGAUCCUUACUACAGAUUUAAUAACCUUGACUACAGAUGGAUCGCCUUGGAUAACUGGACCUAUACCAAGAAAUUUAAACUCCGCUUUGAUAUGAGCAAAUGGAGUAAAGUAAAUUUGGUUUUUGAGGGUAUUGAUACAGUUGCAGUAGUCCUGCUCAACAGCAUUCCUAUUGGCAAAACAGACAACAUGUUCAGAAGAUAUAGCUUUGAUAUUACACAUGUGGUCAAAGCAGUGAACAUCAUCGAGGUGCGUUUCCAGUCACCAGUGAUAUAUGCGGACCAGAGGAGUAAACUUCACACUGCCUACUGGGUGCCCCCCAGCUGCCCUCCGCCUGUGCAGGAUGGUGAAUGUCAUGUCAACUUUAUUCGCAAGAUGCAGUGUUCCUUUGGUUGGGACUGGGGACCUUCUUUUCCUACCCAGGGCAUCUGGAAAGAUGUUAGAAUUGAAGCCUAUAAUAUUUGUCAUCUGGACUACUUCACGUUUACCCCCAUCUAUGAUAACUAUAUGAAGACAUGGAAUCUUAAAAUAGAGUCUUCUUUUGAUGUUGUCAGUUCAAAGCUGGUUUCUGGUGAAGCGAUUGUAGCCAUCCCUGAAUUAAACAUACAGCAGACAAACAACAUUGAACUUCAACAUGGGGAAAGGACUGUUAAGCUCUUUGUGAAAAUCGACAAGGCUGUUAUUGUAGAAACUUGGUGGCCUCAUGGACAUGGAAACCAGACUGGCUACAACAUGACAGUUCUUUUUGAGCUGGAUGGAGGCUUACGUUUUGAAAAAUCAGCUAAGGUUUAUUUUAGGACAGUGGAACUUGUAGAAGAGCCCAUACAAGAUUCUCCUGGUCUGAGUUUCUACUUCAAAAUUAAUGGCCUUCCCAUAUUUCUGAAAGGCUCGAAUUGGAUCCCUGCAGAUUUAUUCCAGGAUAGAGUAACCUCUGCCUUGUUACGGCUCUUUUUGCAGUCUGUUGUGGAUGCUAACAUGAAUGCUCUCCGGGUUUGGGGAGGAGGAAUUUAUGAGCAGGAUGAAUUCUACAAACUCUGUGAUGAACUAGGAAUAAUGAUAUGGCAGGAUUUUAUGUUUGCCUGUGCACUUUACCCAACCGAUGAGGAUUUCAUGGAUUCUGUGAGAGAAGAAGUCACUCAACAGGUCCGGAGACUGAAAUCUCAUCCCUCCAUCAUCACAUGGAGUGGAAAUAAUGAAAAUGAAGCAGCACUAAUGAUGGGUUGGUAUGAUACACAGCCCAACUACUCGCAUAUCUACAUCAAUGACUAUGUGACGCUGUAUGUGAAAAACAUCCGAACGAUCGUCUUAGAAGGAGACCAGACUCGUCCUUUUAUCACAUCCAGUCCUACAAAUGGGGCCAAAACCACUGCAGAAGGUUGGCUUUCUCCAAACCCCUAUGACCUGAAUUAUGGGGACGUACAUUUUUAUGAUUAUAUGAGUGACUGCUGGGAUUGGAGAACUUUCCCCAAAGCUCGAUUUGUAUCUGAGUAUGGAUAUCAGUCCUGGCCUUCCUUCAGUACAUUAGAAAAGGUUUCCUCUGAAGAGGACUGGUCUUAUGAAAGCAGAUUUGCACUUCAUCGGCAACAUUUGAUUGACGGUAACAAUAAAAUGCUUAAGCAGAUCGAACUUCACUUCAAGCUCCCACACAGUGCAGAUCAACUACGCAGGUUCAAAGACACUCUUUAUCUUACUCAGGUGAUGCAGGCCCAGUGUGUCAAAACAGAAACUGAAUUCUACCGUCGCAGUCGCAACGAGAUAGUGAGUGGAAAAGGGCACACCAUGGGAGCGCUUUAUUGGCAGCUGAACGACAUCUGGCAGGCUCCUUCCUGGUCCUCUCUGGAGUAUGGAGGAAAGUGGAAAAUGCUUCAUUACUUUGCUCGGCAUUUCUUCGCCCCACUGUUAGCGGUGGGAUUUGAGGAUAAAGAUGUGCUUUUCAUCUAUGGUGUGUCAGAUCUUCACUCAGACCAUCAGACGAUGCUCACUGUGAGAGUCCACACUUGGAGUUCCCUGGAGCUCGUAUGCUCUGAGUCGACUAAGCCUUUUGUGAUAAAAGCUGGGGAGUCUGUUCUCCUGUAUAUUAAGCCAGUGCCUGAGUUGUUAAAAGGAUGUCCCACAUGUACACGACAAAGCUGUGUGGUUUCCUUUUACCUGUCAACUGACGGGGAACUCUUGAGCCCAAUCAACUAUCACUUUCUGUCCUCGCUGAAGAAUGCCAAGGGGCUCCUCAAGGCAAAUAUCACUGCCACCAUCUCGCAGCAAGGGGACACAUUUGUUUUUGAUCUGAAAACCUCAGCUGUCGCUCCCUUUGUUUGGUUGGAUGUAGGAAGCAUCCCAGGGAGAUUCAGUGACAAUGGUUUCCUCAUGACUGAGAAGACACGGACUGUAUUCUUUUAUCCUUGGAAACCCACCAGCCAGAGUGAAUUGGAGCAAUCUUUUCAUGUGACUUCACUGGCUGAUACUUACUGA